UCAACUUCCGCUGGAGUUCGCGGGCUCCGGGAAAAAUGGCGCUGCCGGAGGUGGGCAGGGACUGAGAGCUGUCGGGUGGCGGGGGGAUGGCGACCGUGGAUCACAAGUCACCAAACUUGUUGCUGCAGAGCCUGUGUUGUCGGAUCCUGGGCCGCAAUGAGGCUGAUGUGGCUCAGCAGUUCCAGUAUGCUGUGAGAGUUAUUGGAAGCAAUUUUGCUCCCACUGUGGAGCGGGAUGAAUUUCUUGUGGCUGAAAAAAUCAAGAAAGAAAUGGUGAGGCAGAGAAGGGAAGCAGAUGCAGCUUUAUUUUCAGAACUUCACCGUAAGCUACAGUCGCAGGGUAUAAUAAAAAACAGAUGGGCUGUACUCUACCUCCUGCUCAGCCUCAGUGAGGAUCCACGUAAACCCCUGAGCAAGGUUGCUAAUUAUGCGGCAUUAUUUGCGCAAGCAUUGCCAAGAGAUGCUCAUUCUACUCCUUACUACUACUCCAGACCACAGUCUCUCCCUCUGACUUAUUCUGACAGGGCUCCUUCCUCUCAAAGUGCUGGCAGCAUGGGAAGUAGUGGAGUUGGUAGCCUUAGUAUAUAUGGUUUAAAUGGACCAACACCAACCCCUCAGUCGUUAUUACCAGGGCAAACAUACCAAACCACAGCGACAGCAGAUGCAAUGAGACAGCAGUUAGGAUCACGGCUUGCAUGGGCAUUGUCUGCUGCUCAGCCUUCAUUAUCUACCUCAAAAGGACUUCCAAGCUCAAUGUCUCGGAAUAUGUCAAGGCUAAGACGUGAAGGUGAUCUUGGCUCAUCUACAGAAGUAACAGAGGUCGCACUGGUCAGAGAUAUUCUUUAUGUCUUCCAGGGAAUUGAUGGCAAAUGUAUCAAAAUGUGUAAUUCUGAAAACUGCUAUAAAAUUGAUUCCAAGUUGGGAAUAUCAAAAUCUCUGAGAGAUACUGCAAGUAGAUUAGCAGAACUUGGAUGGCUUCAACAACAAAAUAAGUAAAUAUACAGACCUAGCAGGAGCUUAGAUCGUGCCUUUGGCCUUGUGGGGCAGAGUUUUUGUGCUUCCUUGCAUCAGGAGCUGAAGGAAUAUUACAGGUUACUUUCUGUUUUACAUUCCCAAAUACAAGUAGAAGAUGACCAAGGUGUGAAUGUUGGACUGGAAAGCAGCCUAACGUUGCGACGCCUACUCAUCUGGACGUACGAUCCCAAGAUUAGACUCAAGACACUUGCAGCACUUGUUGAUCAUUGCCAAGGGAGGAAAGGUGGAGAAUUGGCAUCUGCUGUCCAUGCUUACACUAAAACUGGAGACCCAUACAUGAGAUCAUUGGUGCAGCAUAUCCUGAGCCUGGUAUCACACCCUAUACUUAAUUUUCUCUACCGCUGGAUUUAUGAUGGAGAGUUGGAGGACACGUACCAUGAGUUUUUUGUAGCUUCAGAUCCGACUGUGAAGGCUGACAGAUUAUGGCAUGACAAAUACACUCUGAGAAAGUCAAUGAUUCCAUCCUUCAUCACAAUGGAUAAGGCCAGAAAGGUGCUUUUGAUUGGGAAAUCCAUAAAUUUUUUGCAUCAAGUAUGUCACGAUCAAACUCCAACAGCAAAGAUGAUGGCUGUGACAAAAUCAGCUGUUUCACCAAAAGAUGCUGCUGAACUGUUCACUGAUUUGGAAGGUGCUUUUCAAGAAAAAAUUGAUGCAGCAUAUCAUGAGACCAGCAAAUACUUGCUUGAUGUUCUCAACCAGAAUUAUCAUUUGCUGGAGCACAUUAAAGCAGCACGUCGUUACUUACUCCUGGGUCAGGGGGACUUUGUACGUCACCUCAUGGACUUGCUGAAGCCCGAGUUGGCGAGAUCAGCCUCAACAUUGUAUCAACAUAAUCUGACUGGAAUCCUUGAAACAGCUGUUCGAGCCACAAAUGCACAGUUCGAUAAUCCUGAGAUCCUCAAACGCCUGGAUGUUAGACUUUUGGAGAUAUCGGCUGGAGAUACAGGCUGGGAUGUGUUCAGUUUGGAUUAUCAUGUUGAUGGUCCAAUUGCAACAGUGUUUACUCGAGAAUGUAUGAAUCAUUAUUUAAGGGUAUUCAACUUCCUCUGGCGAGCCAAACGAAUGGAGUAUGUUCUCACUGAUAUCUGGAAAGGACAGAUGUGCAAUGCCAAAUUGCUUAAAAACAUACCAGAGCUAUCAGGAGUGCUUCACCAGUGUCACAUUCUGGCAUCAGAAAUGGUACACUUUGUACAUCAGAUGCAGUAUUACAUCACGUUUGAGGUAUUGGAAUGUUCCUGGGAUGAGCUGUGGAAUAAGAUGCAGCAGGCACAGGAUCUUGAUCACAUCACUGCUGCUCACGAAACUUUCCUUGACACAAUAGUCUCGCAAUGUCUGCUGGACAGCAACUCUGAAGAACUGUUAACACAGCUUCGAGCACUGUUUGAUCGAAUCCUGGAGUUUCAGAGUGCACAAGAGUCCAUGUACCGUUCGGCCCUUGAGGAGUUGCAUCAUCGGCUGCGGUAUGCAGAGUUGAAGAAGGAAAGACAGGCAGAGGGCAAAUGGGGAACAACAGCGGCUGAAGAAGAGGCAGAAAAUAAGAGAAUUAAUGAAUUCCAACAGUUAAUUCCAAAGAUGUGUUCCCAGAUACGUGUAUGCUCACAUUUUUACCAGGAUAUUGUUCAACAAUUCCUGGUACUAUUGACAAAAAGUCCUGAUGAAAGUCUCCGUUUCCUUAACUUCAGGCUGGACUUCAACGAGCAUUAUAAAGCAAGGGAUCCUCGGCUGCGCACUUCACUGGGCAGUACCAGGGGCAAACGUAGCUCAGCAAUGUAAGCUGUUGACCAGAGACGUUUCUACUCAUUAUUAUGAGGGCUACAGUUACAUUUACCAUGGGUUUCUGCUCUUCCUGCUACCCUGUUGAUCAUAGUGUGUGUGUUGGUUGCCAGUGAUGUAUUGCAUCACUGGGAGGCGAAACAAUUAAUCAUCCGUUACUGAUAAAUGUUAAAUCUCAAGAGAGAGAAUUGUAUUCCACAUCACAAUGUAAUUUAUUUAUAAUCCAUGAAUGUUUUGAUUGUGAAUUAAACUGAAGUUUGUUGCAAUUGGCAUUUUUUUAGCUUUAAUUGCAGCUUUGUUUGAACUUUGCAGUCAGUACAGAAAGAGUAUCAUUUAUAGAUCAAAACCCACAUUUUAUUUUACAGAUGACAAAAUGUUUUAAACUGCUUUAAAAAAUGUUCAGGAACAAACUAUGUUUUUUAAUGGAAAUUCACUCACUCGUUUUCAUGUUGCAACAUAGAUUGGCACAGUUGAAUUCAUUUUAAAAACGACAUAACAUGAUUAAACUCACUUUUUAGCAUUACGUGGUAGAUAGUUUCAAUUUUUUUAUUGUUUGUGUAAAAUAAAACUG